CCCAGUUUAAAAAAAAUAGCUUUCGUUCAGACAGAAGGAAGAAUACAAAAAAAAAAAAAAAGAACGUGGAUAAUUGUUGCAGCAGAAGGGAGCAUGCAGUGGAUGGAGGGAUGAAGUGGCUGCAUUGAAGGUGUUGGCAUCAGGAAGCUGCAUCUGCCUUGAUGAAUAUGGAAGCUGCUGUUAAUCUCCUUUUCUGAUUUCUCAUCAAUGGGCUUUAUAUUGGUCUGAAGCUUUAUAGUGUUUGCUGGGAAAAAUGGAGAAUCUUGAAAAUGUGGAUAUAGAAGAGUUCCCUCCGCCACCACCUGAAGUUUUUCAAAAUGACUUCACGUUUGAUGCACUGGCUGAUGAUGAAGAAGGAGAAAAGUUUGAUUUUGAUAGUGGUGAUGAUGUUCCAGAAGAAGACAGACAUCCUCCAGAAACAGCUGGGGAAUCUCUCAUUGAUCUAGCUUUUACAUUUCCUGAUCCUCCAGUUCAGUCUUUUGAAGAUAUCAAUGAAAAAUCCCAAGACUUGUUAACAGAAAUUGACUUGAGGGCAACACCAAAAAAAGUGAAUCCUUACUCUGUUAUUGAUAUUGCACCAUUCCAAGAGGUAGAUUCAUCAACAUCUCAGGAACUUAUUUCUUCUGAAGAAGGUACAAGUCCUCGGGUGCCAAGCGGAUAUUCUGUUCCUGUCCCAUGUGGAUAUGCGGUUCCCUCAAACUUGCCGUUGCUGGUGCCAGCAUACUCUACUCCAGUUAUAAUUCGCAACAUAUCUGUAGAUGAGCAAGGUGUCCAAGAAGUAGUUCCAAAUCCUCGUUUUCAUUUGCUAAGCUGCAAUGAUCUUCAAAGCAGUGAAGUUUUCGAGGCCUCCAAAGAAGAGGACGUUUUAGCCAAGUGGGUUGCUGAUCCUGCAAAUACAGAGUGGAUGGAGAACCCUGAUGAAGUCAUUUAUGAUGAUGUCCCAAGGGAGAAUUCAGACUCAGCCACAGAUCCGGAGGAAAUGAUUUAUGAUGAUGUGGAAAAUGGGGAAGAUGGAGGAAACAGUUCCUUGGAUUAUGGCUGGAGCUCUAGUGAGUUUGAAAGCUAUGAAGAGCAGAGUGACUCAGAGUCCAAGCAUGGAAUCCCUAGCUCCUUUCUCAGGGGAAACAACAAAAGACAUCUUUCCCAGGAUCUAACACGUUUAAAGCAACACUACGAGAAAAAGAUGAAAGAUUUGGUGUCAAAUAAAGUGGGAGGAGUAGAGAUCCAACAAUUAAAACACAAACAUGAACUCAAGGUGCAAAGACUGGUGAAAGCUGCAAAGGAUGGUACCAAGGACGGACUGGAGAAAACUAAGGCUGCAGUUAAGAAAGGUCGUUCCUACAUAAGAACCAGAUCAUUUGUGUUGCAUGAUCGGAAGUCCACCAGCCUUGAGGAUGAAGAACUGAAUUUAUUUAUUGAUGUGGACUGUAUGCAAACCGAGGCGAUAAUGUCCCCAAUGCCAGCAGGAUUAUCACAACAACAGGUCGUUAGAAGGUACAUUCUUGGCUCGAUUGUGGAGAGUGAAAAGAACUAUGCAGAGUCUUUGAAAAGAAUUCUAGAGCAAUAUGAGAAGCCACUGUAUGAAAUGGAACCAAAGCCAUUAAGUGAAAGAAAGCUGAAAAUAGUAUUUUAUCGAAUAAAGGAAAUACUCCAGUGUCACUCAUUGUUCCAGAUUGCACUUGCCAGCCGAGUAUCAGAGUGGGACACUGCAGAAAUGAUUGGAGAUGUAUUUGUAGCAUCAUUUUCAAAGUCUAUGGUACUUGAUGCAUACAGUGAGUAUGUGAAUAAUUUCAGCACAGCUGUUGGCAUUCUCCGAAAGACUUGUGCCGCAAAACCAGCUUUCCUUGACUUUUUAAAACAGUGCCAGGAUUCCAGCCCAGAUCGCAUAACACUAUAUGGUCUUAUGAUGAAACCUAUCCAGCGCUUUCCACAGUUUAUUCUUUUGCUCCAGGAUAUGUUAAAAAAUACAACUAAAGGACACCCUGACCGGCUUCCUCUGCAGAUGGCUCUUACAGAACUGGAAACGUUAGCAGACAAACUUAAUGAGAGGAAGCGAGAUGCAGAUCAGCGAUGUGAAAUCAAGCAAAUAGCCAAGGCCAUGAAUGAAAGGUAUCUUAACAAGCUUCUCAGUAAUGGGAACAGAUACCUCAUUCGAUCAGAUGAUAUGGUAGAAACAGUUUACAAUGAAAAAGGAGAAAUUGUGAAGACCAAGCAAAGACGACUCUUCAUGUUGAAUGAUGUGUUAAUGUGCGCCACAGCAAACGCAAGGUCUUCAAAUGAAGGCAGCAGCAUAGUGACUGCAGGCCAGAAGUAUCUGCUGAAGUGGAGUGUUCCUCUGGGCCAAGCAGAAGUUAUUGAAUAUGGGGAAAGUGAAGAUCAAGGAGAUCAGUCUCCUUUUUCUUCAUUACAUAAAGUGGAAAAAGUUGUUAAUUGUAAACCAAAUAAUCUAUAUAUGGGACCUGGACAGCUGUAUCAAGACUUACAGAAUUUGCUUCACGAUCUGGAUGUAGUCAACCAAAUUUCUCAACUUGUAGGACAGCUAAAAGGAAAUUAUCAGAACCUAAAUAAUGCAGUGGCCCAUGACUGGUCUACAGGCUUACAGAAGCUGAUCCUGAAGAAAGAGAAUGAAAUUCGAGCUGCUGACCGGUGCAGAAUUCAGCUGCAACUUCCUGGCAAGCCAGAUAAGUCAGGACGACCCACGUUCUUUACUGCAGUGUUUAAUACAUUUACUCCUGCUGCAAAACAGUCAUGGAUCAAUAAUUUACAGAUGGCUAAGCUUUCUCUAGGAGAAGAGAACCAGCUGGGCUGGUUCUGUCUAGAAGAUGAUGGAAAUCAGAUUAAAAAAGAGAAGCAGCCUUUGCUUGUUAAGCAUCUUCCAGUAAUCAUGUCAAAACAACAGGAGUUCAAGAUUGAAUGUGCUGUCUAUAAUCCUGAACCUUAUCUCAGUAGUGAAAAUGAUCCAGAUACACUUUCCAUGCAUCAUGGUUUUCUUUGGAUUGGCAGUUGCACUAAUCAGAUGGGUCAGAUUGCUGUUGUUUCACUUCACAACCGUAGCCCGAAGGUGUUAGAAUGUUUCAAUGUUGAAUCGCGCAUACUUUGCAUGGUCUAUAUCCCCGAGCAAAAGAAUCACAAACAAUCAAACGAUGUCCCAGAUUCAGAACGUGGCUCUUCUCGAGCACCAGAUGUGCCAACUAUAUGUUUGGGAAUGGAAGAAGGAAGUAUUUGUGUCUAUAAAAGUAGCCAAGGUUCUAAAAAGGUUCGACUGCAACACUUCUUCACUCCAGAAAAAUCAACUGUUAUGAGCCUUGCUAGUGUCUCUCGCUGUCUGUAUGCUGGUCUUGUAAAUGGGAAUCUUGCGAUUUAUACAAAGGAAGAAGAUGGAAUGUGGAAUAUAAAUGCUCCAAAGCUAAUAGAAUUAGCAGUUUUACCUGUUCGAAGUCUUCUGGUGAUGGAAGGAACUAUUUGGGCUGCAUCAGGAGGACAGAUAUUUAUAGUUGGUACAGAAACUCACUCUAUAGAGCACCAGUUUGAGGCCCAUCAAGAGGAAGGGAUGGUGAUUUCUCACAUGGCAGUUGCGGGAGUUGGCAUUUGGAUCGCUUUUACAUCUGGGUCAACAUUACGUCUCUUUCACACAGAAACGUUUGAGCACCUGCAAGAUAUUAAUAUUGCAACCCCAGUGCACAACAUGUUAUCAGGGCAGCAGCGUAUAUCUGUAACCUGUUUGCUGGUCUGUCAUGGUCUACUAAUGGUUGGAACCAAUCUUGGUGUUAUUGUAACAUUACCAGUUCCUCGCCUUCAGGGUAUUCCUAAGGUAACUGGUAAGUAGUUCCAUUUUUUUUUU